AUGGAGGGGAGGGAUUCCAAGGAUGGUCCGACACCAAAAAAGGCCGUAGAAAAGAAGGAGAAACAAGGAGUGAAACCUUUGCGCAGAGGAGUGCCAAAGAGAAAGAGGGGCCGUGAAGGUAGGGAUAGAUCGAAGAGUGUUGAGGAAUCUGACGAGGAAGUUCUUCCUCAGCAGUUGUGGCUGAAGAGAGAGAGAAGGGGAAGGAGAAAGUUGAAGGCGGAGGCUCAACAGACGGGAAAGAAAAUGCAAGGGCCGGUGCGAAAGGAAAUAUUGGAAGACCUAGGGAACCUACUCCGGGUCAGGGUGAAAAAGGUGGAGAAAGUGGUUGGGAAACUGAAAGUGAAAAAGAAAGCUAUAUACUUCUCGCUAGGAGAGGAAAUAGGAGGACUCAGAAGCGGUCCGUUGUACAAGAAACCUAGGGUGGUGGGAUGGGAAGGGGAUGAUUAUUUGAAUACAAGAUCGGAUGAGGCGGGGAAAGAGCGAACUGGAGUAGAUGAGGAGACGAGAGAAGAAUUGGGUGGUCGUGGGGAAGGAGGAACCGUUGUAGCUGACGGAGGAAAGACGAACCGUAAGGAGGACAAGGUGGUGGAUGCUGGGGACAAGGUGGUGGAUGCUGGGGACGAAGGAAAUGAAGAGCUGUUGGUUGAAGAGAAAGAAGACGAAGAAGUUACGGCGGGGGAGGAGAUGCUUGAAAAAGAGGAUGAUGAUUGCGAGGAAGGUGAUAAAGGCGGAAUUCCAGAGAGCGAAGGAGUUAGGGAACGAGAGACAGGUCAGGAAACGGAAGGAGGAGUUGGGAAAGAAAUGAAGGGCGUCCAAGUUUCUGUGUCAGCCGAGGAAGCAGUGGCCGGUAGUGAUGUAGGAGCCGUUGGUGAGUACACCGACACUGAAAAACUUCCUGAGAAAGUUACGGAGAACGUAGAGGACGAAGGUGAUGAAGCAAUGAAGACCCCUGAAAAAGAAAAAGCUGAUGUUGACUGA